AUCCUCAAAUUGAUAUAACUAAGCUUAAUUUGAAGAAAGAAAAUGAUGGGUUCUAAGGCAUUACUAUUUCUUGGCCUUCUUUUGUUUAUUUUUGCAAUGAUAAGCUCAGAGGUUGCAGCGAGGGAGUUGACUGAGACCUGCAAGAUUACUAUCAAAUUGGAUAAAAAGAAUGUUGUACAUGGUGACGGACAAUAUCCAAGUGGCGGAUAUAAGCACCCAGAUAAAGGAUAUGAGGGAUAUGACGAGUACAACAACGGAUACAAAUCCUCCGAUGAUGAAUAUAAAUCUCCAUAUGGCGAAUAUAACAAAGGAUACAAAUCCUCCGAUGGGGAAUAUAAUAAAGGAUACAGAUCCAACAAUGGAGAAUAUAACAAAGGACAUAAAUACUCUGAUGGCGAAUAUAACUACGAAUAUAAAUCUAUAAAUCCCCUGGCGACGAAUAUAACAAAGGAUGCAAAUCCUCUUAUGGCGAAUAUAAUAAAAGAUAUAAAUCCUCCGAUGGCGAAUAUAACUAUGGAUAUAAAUCCUCCGAUGGUGAAUAUAACUACAGAUAUAAAUCCCCUGGCGACGAAUAUAAAUCUCCGUAUGACGAAUAUAACAAUGAAUAUAAAUCCUCUGAUGGAGAAUAUAACAAAAGAUAUAAAUCCCUAGGCGACGAAUACAAAUCUCCAUAUAACGAAUAUAAUAAAGGUACUACCAGGUGGAGGCCAUGAUUAAAUGAUUUGCCAAUCCUCACAACAAAUCAUCAUAUUGUACUAUUAUAAAACACUUGUGUAUGUACGUAGUGGCAAGAUUAAUACUUUGUAAAUAGUCUUGCUACUUUAGACCUUGUUGUAAAAAGUAUGAAUAAAUUAAAUACCAUUCAGUUCAUAUGGAUGGUUGAUCAUGUAAUAUUUUGUGGUAUAAUGUAUUAUGAUCCGAGUAAUAUAUUUUCAUAACUUACUUUA